CUACCAUCUUUCCUAAGUUUUCACAUUGCUCCAGUUUCAAAGUUUAUAAACAAUACGAACGUAUUUUAUAUAUUGUAAUACAUUUAUUUACUAGUAUUAUUUACUAGUGUGAUUUCAUUUAUAUAUGUUGUACAUGUAUAUAUAUAUAUAUAUACACACAUUUGUAUAUAUUAAAAAUCAAUGUAAUAUUAAUUAUAAAAAACGUGCAUUACUAGAUUGAGAAUAGGUUAUACGUGAAAAUAUAUUUUAGCUCUUUUAAAGCCAGUGAUUGAUAUAUAUUUGAAUAAUAAAUAUGGAGUAUGAAAAGUAUUACGACAAAAGAGCAAAUGGAUAUGUUAUACAUUUCCCUAAUAACAAAGGAUUGAGUUUACAAGAAAUUACUAAAAUGUUUUCUGCUUUUGGCAAAAUUGUGUCUGUGAAUAAUCGUGGGAAAAGUAAUGGAUUAUGUUUUGUAAGAUAUGAAACAGUUGAAGAUGCAAAGAAAUGCAUAGAUGGUUUUAGAAACAAUUCAUCUAUUAAAAUUUUGCCACAUAAAAUAAAAACUAAUAUAAUUGAUAUUAAUACUAAUAUCGAAGCAAAAGAUGUUGAUGCUAAUGCACAGGAUAAAAGAAUGUUUAAACAAAAUAUUUAUAAAAAUAAUUCAGAAGAAAAUAAUCAUUUUAGUACCUAUUCAUCAACAAAACAGUCUCAAAAUACGCAAACAGAUAAUCAAUCUAAUUGUAAUUUGUCAGAAUCAUCUAGUAAGGAUAACUUUAAUGAUGAUGUAGAUGUAGAUGGUAAAAACAAAACUAACCAUCUCUCUCCUAUACCAAAAUUAUCUUCAGAACAGCGUAUUAGACUUAGAAAUUUAAAAAAAUUUGCUUCAAAUACUUCUAUUUCAUCGGCAGUUACUAAUACUUCAAGAGAAUUGGAAGAUAUACCUGAUGAAACAAAUAUUCCAGCUUUGGUACAUAUUGACCAAAAAUAUGAAACGCAUAAUAUUAACAUCACUCCAUCUGUGAAAAUUGUUCCAGCUUAUGAAGUAAUUGUAGCCAAUAUCCAUCCAAGUUUAACUAUACAUUAUAUGUUACAUCUUUUUGAAAAAUUUAAUCCAAUAUCAAUAUCACUUAUGAUGAGUCUACCAAAAACCAAUAUAUUGUAUUGCCAUGUUUAUUUUAAAACAUAUGAAGACGCAUAUGCAACUAUGAAACAAUUUGAUAUGCAUAAUGUACAUGGAAAAAAGCUUAUUGUUUUAACAUCAAAUAAAUUGAUGGAAGAAAUAUCUCAACUAUAAUACUCUAAUAUAAUUACUUUUAUAAUGCAUCUAUUGUACAAUUAAAUAUAACUUGAUUUUUUUCUGA